CAUCCCUAGAAGAAGCAAAUUCCCCCUUGAAACAAAGGUAAAUCAACAAACAAAACUCAAGCAAAGGAAAAGAUCAUCAUGGAUUUCACCCCAAGUUCCAAGGACAAGAAAAAAACCACAAAGCAAUCGAUGCUACUUUGCUGUAAGCUCUAUAUCUCAGAAUCUCGAAACAAAGCAGCUCUCGAUUUGAUUGAACAGGCAGCUAAGCUCAACCCAGAAACCGUCAUUGUUAACAAGUUUGAGGAUCGAGCUUACAACCGGGUCAGGUACACUCUUGUAUCAUAUGUAGCUCAUGAUAGCACAGGAUGCCCCAUUUACAGCCCCUUGCAGCAAACCGUCCUAGCAGUGGUCGAGGCUGCCUAUGGAGCCAUAAACCUUGAAUCACACUCGGGGGCACACCCUCGGCUCGGGGUUGUGGAUGACAUUGUUUUCCAUCCAUUGGCUCGAGCAUCGUUGGAUGAAGCAGCUUGGCUUGCCAAAGCAGUGGCAGCAGACAUUGGCAAUCGAUUCCAAGUGCCAGUGUAUCUAUAUGCUGCUGCACACCCAACCGGGAAGGCUUUGGAUACCAUCAGGCGUGAGAUGGGCUACUACCGGCCGAACUUCAUGGGCAACCAAUGGGCUGGAUGGGCCAUGCCAGAAGUUCUUCCAGAGAAACCCGAUGAAGGGCCAACCCUAGUAACUCGAGCAAGAGGCAUCGUAAUGAUUGGAGCCCGUUCGUGGGUUGCCACAUAUAACGUGCCCAUUUUGUCAACGGAUGUUUCAGCCACAAGACGGAUUGCACAAAUGGUGAGUGCACGAGGAGGUGGGCUCCCAACUGUGCAAACCCUAGGCCUGGUUCACGGUGAGGAGUCGACUGAGAUAGCUUGCAUGCUCUUGGAGCCAAAUCAGGUUGGGGCAGAUCGGGUCCAGAACCAUGUUGAAAUGGUCGCGGCCCAAGAAGGGCUUGAUGUAGAGAAGGGGUAUUUCACCGACUUUUCACCAGAGAUGAUCACUGAAAGAUACAUGAAACUGAUCUCUACUGACUCUGACUAGUUCUAGGUCUGGUGUGGAGAAACAAACAUGAACAAAGACUAAAGUUGCAAGCUUUUCAAACUAUAAAUAAAUAAAUUCUCUGUUUCUAGUUCUCAAUAUUCCAAAUGAAAA